AUGAUAUAUAUUGUAGAGAACCCGCAGUCCCUUAGCUAUUUGCUUAAUGAGGGCGGGGUAGGUAAGAGAUUUAUUAAAAGUGAACGGGAAAUAAAUUUAUUGAUUUAUAAUACUACUUCCCUAAUAAUACGUAGUAUAAAGUUCUUUCUAUUUUUCUACCUUAAAGAGAGGGUCGAAGAGGGGGUCGAAGUUCUUAAUUAUAACUUUCUCCUUAUAAAGGGUGCCUUCACAGACUUUUACUUUAUAAGCUUAUCGUAUAUUUCUUCUUAUAGGCUAAUCGAGGGUAAUUUUGUAGUAUUAUUAGGAGGCAAUUUAAAAAUAGUACUUAUAAGGAUAGAGAUUUUAAAAGAGAAAAAGUAA